UGGAGUGUGCUGUAACGAACGUACGAAUUAUUACAUCUUACAAUUACAAUUACAUUUCAGGAUAAACGAAAUGAAGAUUCUAGUGUUCGCUACAUGUAUACUGGUCGCCGUCGUAAGUACAUUAUCAGUCGGUGAUGCGAUGAUAAUCGAUAAUAUCAUAAAUAAUUUAAUAUCAAAGGCAAUCGACCUUAAAGAUCUGAUUAAUUUUCAUAUGACGUUUGCACAAUGUGUCGUAAAAUUGGGUUUAUUGAAGAUAGCCAGCCCCGAGAUACCUUUCUGUGUAGCAGAAAAAAAAAACUUGCUCGAUGAAGAAGGUGGAAUAAAGUGGGAUGAUACGCUGGAUUAUUUUACGACGAUCAUUCGUGACAAGAGUAACAUAGAUAAAAUGAAAGAGAUAUUACAAAAGUGCAAAGAAGAAGGCAAUAACUUCGAAGGAAGCAAGAAGGAAAAAUCCUUCAAAUCUAUAGAAUGCGGAAUGGCAAUGAUAAAAGUCAUUGGACGAAAACUAAUAUUGCUAUAA